CCUCGACGAAGGAGGACCGUCAGGAUCCCGAUCAGUUUACCGGCAUCCCUCAGUCUGUGCGGUAUACGUGUCCAACGCUCGAUCCAGUGCACUUGAUCCACGUGCGCCCGCAAACUCGUGCUCUACCUCCUGUCUCUUUUUCCUCCGAUCGUGAUGACGGACCGAUCUUCACAUUCGAGGAGCAAUGAGAUCCACUCGAGACCUACCAUUGAGAUAUGAGAAAUUUCUUCUUCUUCUUCUUUUUCUUCUUCUUUUUCUUCGGGGAUAACGUGGCAGGUUUGAGACAAAUUCAUUCACGUAGGAAACAAAAGUUCGAAUCGUCAGAGGAUCAACGGGAGUUCUUUAACGUGGCAUGGGAUUAUUCUUGUUCAUUGACACGGGUCGUUGAGAAAGUAUAUCAGUUUUCGAAGAAGGAGAGGGAUUGCUUUGACAGUAAGUUUCUGUGAAUUGAACCGACCCGUAGAGGUCGAUGGAGCCGAAGAUUUAUGCAAGUUGGAGCGGAACUAACGUCUAGCUGGUGAUAAUUCGAUUGCGGUUGUGUUAAUGGAAGACUGAUCGGAGGAAUGAGGAAACCUUUCACUGUGGAUCGAUGACCGUGACAAAAUGGUGGAUCGGCGAAAAGCGCUUCUAAUGGUGUUAAUAGCUCUCUUAAUUUAUCCAAACGACAUUUUCGGGGUGAAUCACAUACAUCACAUACAAGGCGGUGCUUUCCCACCCGAAUUCGCCGCCCCUAUCUCGAAUCUAACAGUGGCGUUAGGAAGGGACGCAACUUUUACGUGUCUGGUCAAACAUUUGGGAGGUUACAGAGUUGGCUGGCUAAAAGUGGAAAGUAAGGCAAUUCAAGCAAUCCACGAUCACGUAAUAACUCACAAUAAUAGAGUCUCAGUAUCUCAUAGUGAUCAUACCAUGUGGAAUCUUCAUAUAAAGAAUGUACAACAAGAAGACGAAGGACUCUAUAUGUGCCAGAUUAAUACAGAUCCAAUGAAAAGUCAAACAGGUAUGUUGUCAAUCGUCGUGCCACCAGAUUUUAUUUCUGAGGAUACUUCGAGUGAUGUCAUGGUUCGAGAAGGAGGACAGGUGAAGUUAACGUGCCGUGCAAGAGGCGUACCCCCACCCCGCCUAUCGUGGAAAAGAGAAGACGGGAAGAACAUUGUAAUUCGGAAGCCAUUUGCAGGAAGCGUCUUGAACCAGAAGUCUGAUGUGUCCGGAGUGAGCGAAUACCAGGGCGAAGAGCUGAAACUGACAAAGAUUUCAAGAAAUGAAAUGGGUGUCUAUCUUUGUAUCGCGAGCAACGGUGUGCCACCAGCGGUCAGCAAACGUAUUUUUAUCAAUGUUCAUUUCUCGCCGGUAAUUCGUGUGCCUAAUCAACUGGUAGGUGCUCCUCUGAGUACAGAUGUGGUCCUAGAAUGUUUUGUCGAGGCUUCGCCCAAGUCGAUUAAUUAUUGGGUCAAGGAUAACGCGAUGAUAAUAUCGAGUCAACAACACGACGUGCAAGCAAUCAUGAAAUCACAAUUCGAGGUUCGGAUGAUGUUAACUAUUCGCAAUUUGCAAAAAACUGACGUAGGUAAUUAUAAAUGUGUGGCCAAAAAUUCUCUUGGUGAUGUUGAAAGCAGUAUUCGAUUAUAUGAAAUCUCGGGCCCAGCAAAAACGCAAACAGCAGCACGACCAUCCUUCUACGACGAGGAGGAUGAGAUCGUGUAUGGUUCAGCAGAGAUGGAGAAAAUGGAGAACAAACCUCUAUCCGUUGACAAUACGAUAAAUGGACACCAUGUUGGAUAUCCAUCGGUCGCCACACCAGUGCCAACUGUAAGAAUGGGUAAGAAAAGGCCAGCAAUCGCGAGUUCCAAAGCGGAACAUCAUCUAGUUUCUAAUAUUCUCAUAGUUUUUGCGCUGAUCGUUCAUCAAAGAUGUCAGUGAAUGGACGGAUAAAGGUUUGGUUAAUCUGUUAUAUAUUAUAUAUAUACAUACUGAAAAUCUUCUAACAGUGUAAGAAAAAAAAUCGACGUAUGGUGCGCUUUGUUCAAUUAAUCUGAUGCACAUGAAACGAUUUCCCUGAUUGAAUUAUUUUUACAUCGUGAUUUUAUUUGUGAAUGGAGAACGUUUUUAAAAAAUGUUGAACUAAAGAUUCGUGUGUUGGACGUGAUGUAGGAAAAAGAUUUUUAAAUUGAAAGGUUAAAUGAAUUUUUAUAAAAAAUGA